AUGAUGGUAUGGUGUAAGCCUUCAAUGUCUGAUGACAUCGAGUUCACUGCGUUAAGCAACGCUCUACCUAUUCGAGACCAGGAUCGUUAUAUACCUUGGCCACUACGACAAGUGAAGUGCAUGUUCCGAAAUAACAGAGUCAUCGCUGCUGGAAUAUACGUCCUAGCACUAUUCACUACACUUUAUACAUGUAUUCACUCCCCGCAUCACCGAGCGUUGAUACUCCUUGCGGUCAUCAUCCAGUUUCUAGCUCUAUUCUGGUACGCCUUAUCGUAUAUCCCAUAUGGUCGCCAGAUGACCACUAGUGUUACUAGCCAUCUCACUCAACGACUCUUGGCUGACUGA